UCUCGCUCUCCUCCUCUUCCCCGCCAUCCUUUCGUAAAAAUACCUCCUUUCCGCAUUUUUCGCGCUCCUUGCCGCAGUUUCCCCCCGCAGGAAUGGAAAAGGAGCGAUUUUUAUCUGUCGACUGCAAGUCGCCUGACAUGAACUCUGGCGCCGUCGCCGAGCAAUUGCCCCGGCCCUUCCUCGACCUCGGCUGGGAGCAGCCGGUGCACCACGACGCCCAGUUCGAGUCGGCGAUUAGCUCCUUCGUCUCGUCGCCGUCCUCCAAUCCGUCGGCUGGCAACGGUAGCGUCGUUGUCCGCGCGCUCAUUGGGCGAUUCGGCAGCAUCUGCGACUCCGGGGAGAUCUCCCAGACCUCGUGUUACAGCACGCCGCUGGAUUCCCCUCCGAAGCUCACCCUCCCCGUGUUGGGUCACCUGCAGCAGGGCGGGGGAGGCCUGCCGAUGCCAGGGACUAUGGCGGACGGGCAAUUCACGCCGUUAGCCGCCAACCCAGGGUUCACGGAGCGGGCCGCGAGGUCCUCUUGCUUUGGAGCGUGGAGUUACGGCGGCCUCGGGGACCAAUCCGGGCUCCCAGUGGCCCGGAAUCUGUCAAGGGCUCCGAGCAGCCACUCACUGAAGUCAGCCGGUGCGCUGCAGAUGGGAGUUCCGGACAAUGGGAAGGACGCAUCGAAAUCGAACCCAGAGCGAAUGGAGAUGGAGAUGAGAUCCAAGCUUGGUGGUGGUAUGCCACCAUCGUCGACGUCUGGUAGGACGAUGGCAGGUGGUGCAGCGAACAACGUUAGUAAGCGGAAAGCAGCAUCGAAGGGGAGAAGAAAGGAGGCGCCUUUAUCAUCCUCCAACGUGAAUUCUCCCACAGCGGCUGAGGACGAACAUCCUGAUGCGAAGAGAUGCAAAUCAGCUAAAAAUAAUGGAGCUGACGAGGAUUCGGUAGUCAAGCAAGAGACUGAGCAAAACAUCGGCGCCAGCCAGAAGAAGGGAAAAGAGAACAAUGCCAAGCCGCCGGAGCCCCCAAAGGACUAUAUCCAUGUCAGGGCGAGAAGAGGGCAAGCCACUGACAGCCACAGCCUCGCCGAGAGGGUCAGAAGAGAAAAGAUCAGCAAGAGAAUGAAGCUCCUGCAGGAUCUCGUACCGGGUUGCAAUAAGAUAACUGGCAAAGCUAUGAUGCUUGAUGAGAUCAUCAAUUACGUGCAGUCGUUGCAGCGGCAAGUCGAGUUCUUGUCGAUGAAGCUAGCUACCAUAAAUCCCCAGCUAGAUUUUGACCUGGAGACUCUCCUCCAAGAAAAUAUGCAUCAAGAACAUGAGCCAUUGCCACAGCAAGUCUAUCCAUUAGAAGGAACAAGCACAGCUUUCUCAUAUGCUCAGCGACCUCAAGGGAGCCCUCUACAGAGUGCCAUCACCAAUGGUCUUGGCGUCGGCCAACAGCCACAAUGUCCUAUUGAUGGACUGGCCGAUGCCACCUCUCAGCUUGGGAACUUUUGGGAAAGUGACCUCCAGUAUGUUGUUCAAUUGGGCUUUGGGCAGAGCCAGGGAGCCGAGUUCUUCUCGCGAAGCUUGAAUGCUGAAUGAGUUGGAAGACUAAUAAGUUCAACUUGGUCACUCCAUAAACACAGAAGAUUAUAGGAAAAUUUAUGGUGUACGUUUGAUGCAGGAUGAGUUCAUACUAAGUUAGUAGUCUUGUAUUUGAGCAGCACAAGAAGCCUUCAACUAACAGCAUUCGGUCCGACCGCAGACUUCAGGCGACAAACUUAUUCUUUCAUCAGGUGUAAGAUCGUGACAAGGUGAGAGCCAGAACAAGAGUGAAGAUGUAAGAGGGAGGGUUUAGCAUGGUGAUCAUAUUUUGUAUUACCAUGAUAAAACUAUUCAUUAUGAAUUAAUCAAGAUGCCUUGAAUUUUUUAUU